UAGUGCGAGCAGUGGGUGCGUGGAUGCUCAGAUUACUGAGCGAUACCUGACCCUUCGCUUCGCAGACAGAGUGGAGUGCUGGAGCUGUGAUGGUGCAGACAUGGAUAUUGUUUGGAAGACGAAGCAGGAUUUAUCAGACAGACAAACAGGUCACUCCGCCCCACUCCCUCUUGUUCCAGAGGGCUACAUCGCUAAGGAACCCCCUCUUUUCCGUCCCUUGUCUACCCAACUGCGGGCCGUGAGCCUGGCACUGGGCACAGACCAUGCCCUCCUCCUGUGCGCUAAUGGCACCGUAUACACCUGGGGCAGUGGGAGCCAUGGUCAGCUAGGCCAUGGCAGUCUGGUUCCCGAGAAGGAGCCGCGGGCGGUGGAGGCGCUGUGGGGUCUCCCCUUCCGCGCAGUGGCAGCAGGAGGAUGGCAUUCCGCGUGCAUCAGCGAAGGCAGAGAUCUGUACAUGUGGGGCUGGAAUGAGAGCGGCCAGCUGGGCCUUCCCUCGCGCUGCUGCAGGAAGGAGGACGAACAAAAUAAAGGAACUGGACUGGAAGGAAGUGAGGAGACGGCUGAGGACGUGUUCAUCUCCAUCCAGGCCUUCCCUGCACUUGUAGACAUACCACACGUGCCAGAGGUAGACAGGGUUAGCUGUGGCUCCCGCCACACAGCUGCAGUCAGUAGUGAAGGGGAUCUGUACACCUGGGGAUGGGGUGACUAUGGGCAGCUGGGGCAUGGGACUCUAGUCAGCUCAGAUCAGCCUUCUCUUGUGGACUUCUUCCCCAGACGUGGACUGUGUGUGGAGGAUGUGAGAUGUGGGCCAUGGAACACGUUUGUAUCUGUCACUCUAGCAGACCCUACAGGAUAAGAUGUAAAUGGCUGUGCAUACUGUGACUGCAUCUAAUUCAGGUGUACUUUAACCUGAGACAACCUACCUGACAAAGUCUGGAGACCUGGAGAUGACGUGCUGGAAUUCAGAGAGGUUCACCGUUCCAUCUUUGUCGAUGUCUGACUCUUCCAGAAUCUACAAUAUCAAAGUAAAACUCAGUUAAAGGAGUGUGGACUACACUGAGAAAAAUCUCAAAGCCAUAUGACACAAUACUGUGUAUCAGUGGAACCACAGACUAUGGAGACUUACGUUGGAAAUUAGCUGUCUCAUCUCUUCCUGAGUGAGCCGUGUGUCAUCUGUAUCACCUGUAAGACAGUUCACCAGCUUCUCCAGGUCCCCUCCAUCCAGGGUCCCGUCGUCAUCAAAAUCUAUCCGGAUCCAGUUCCAAUAAUUAAGCAUCUUUCACAUCAACAAAUCUCAUGUCUUAAUGAGACUACACUAUUCAGGUGUAACUAACGUGCCCAGUCAGAUGUGUAUUUACCGAAGAUACGGAAGGCAUAGUGGGAUUUGAUUUCCAAGGUUGCUGAGUCACUGAAGGCACUCAAGAGAUCCAGGAAGUCCUCGAAGGUGAGACUUCCAUCUUUCACAUCAGAGGUGGAGAAGACUUGACAGAUCCUUUCCCGGAAAGGAUUGGACUGCAGAACAAAAUAAUUGUGUAUUGUCAAUGGUUAAUGGUCAGGAAGACAACAAGAUGUAGCCUACUAGGAAGUGGUCCUAGUGUCCCGCAAACUAGUCAAUAAACAGAAAUGUUACCUUAA